AUGGGUGAAAUCAAAGGGAAAGAUGAUAUCUUAAGAGACUACUUCCAGAACAAUGAAGAGGCCAGUAAAAUACAAGCUGAUAUUGAUUUAAAGCUGUAUGUUGAACUUUUUAAACACAUAUGCAGUAUACGUGACCUAACUGUAAAAGACUGUGUAGCACGUAUAAAAAGAAAAGCCUCAUCAAGAAUAGUGUCAGACUUUAUGUUUAGAACGAGAGCUGGAAAUACAGUACUGGGUGAUUCUGAAGAUGAAAAUGAACCGAACCAAACUGAAGAUAUGAUUCUAAAAGAUUUGUAUGAUGAUUGUAGAAGAUGGAUAGGCGGCUCUCUAGAUACUGAAGUUCCAAGUGCUGGGUUUUGGAUGUACAUGGGAAAAAACAAUAGCGAUCUAAAAAUAAUGCUAGAUUACUACAAAAACAAUCCAAAUAUACCUCAUGAUCAUUUGGAAUUAAAAGAUUUUAGUGAACUUUUUAAAUACAUAUGCAGCCAACGUGGCGUUACUGUAAAAUUCUGGGCAACAGACAGGAAAACUAAAGCGGCAUUAAGGACACUAGACCAGACUGCUUGUCUACGUCCGGAACAAACAGAAGAUAAUAUUUUAAAAGGUUGUGAUGAUGAAGCUACUACAAGUUAUAAUCCAACGGGAAAAACUGAAGAAGAAAUUCUAAAAGAUUCGUUUGAUGAUUGUAGAAUAUGGCUGAAUGAACCUCUAGAUGCUAAUAUUGGCUUGAGUGGGUUUUGUUGUUACAUGGGAUUAAACGAAAGUGAUACAGUAUUAGAUGAUUUCUUCAAAAACAAUCCACAUGCCUUUGACAGAAUGUCAAAGAACUACGAUAAAAAUCCUGGUUUAAUUCAAGGUCCUAUAGAUUUUACACUGUAUUGUGGACUUUUUAGACACAUAUGCAAGAAAAAUAAUGUUUCUGUAGGAAAAAUGGCAAAAGAUAGAAAAUGUAAAGCGUCAACAAGGUCACUAAUUAAGUUUAUGUCGUUACCUAAGGGAAAACCUGCUAAUUGCGUACUGGAAGAUGAAAAUGAAAUUUUAGAUGUGGUUACAGAUGUUAAGGAUGUGCUACCGCUUACUCCAGACCAAACUGAAGUUAUAGCUGAUACUAGUUAUACUUUCCAGGAACCAACUUUUGUCGAUGUGAAUGUCAUCUUUGAGGAAGAUCCUGAAGAUGAAGUAAUUAUUGAUACUACAUUUAGAUUAUUCCUUUAA